AAAUUUGGUGCAAAUUUAAGAGCUCAAAACGACGCUGGCGAGGCGCCUCUUCAUUACGCUUAUAACCCCUCAGUGUUUGAUAUUUUUCUUCAGAAUGGCGCCGUAUGUCGGGCAAGAAAUGAUCGCGAUGAAACACCAGUUUUGUUCAUCCUGAAAAAAUCGCUCGAACUCGCGUUUGCCGAGACGUCUGCCGCUGCUGAGCUCAAGGAUCAAGGUUAUGUGGAGAUAAUGGUGCGUAAAUCUGUGAAGAAAGCUGUUCAACUACUGGGAAACCUAAAAACGAUCAUAUCAGAAAAUGACGAAGCGAAGGAAACAGUGUGGAUUCCUGACCUGCAGGGGAACACCGCCAUUGAUCUACUGCUGAUUGCUAUCAGGAUUUCAUCACAUGAUGUUUACACGCAUUCUAGAGACAUUGCGGCCGAAUUACCAACAUUAUUGAUGAAAUUACUGCGUGAAAUACUGCGAUCUGCGACUCCAGUUGAUAUGAAACGACAAAACAAAAAAGGCCAAAGUUUUCUUCAUGUUCUACUCGACAUGGGCGACAAAAACAAAAAAAAGUUUACUAGAGAAGCAUUCAUCUUACAGGCAGUCCAAGUUCUUCUCGACCACCAAGCAGACGUAAAUGCAUUGGACUCAACGGGAUCUACCCCAUUGGAUGUCACUCUCAAGCAUCUCGAUAAAGGACAGGUUCUUUACAAAAAAUGCGCUGACUUUCUUAUCAAACGCGGAGCCACAAGAAGAUGUACUACCGCAGGAAACAAUUCCUUUCUUACGGCAUUGAAACACCAGCCACCCUCUCCUCAAUCCAGCUUGCUUCACGGAAUAUCCAAUUUGCGUAUUAAGAAUGAAACACGAAAGCUACGAUCGUGUCCGAAGCGUCACAAGGAAAACGCCCAACGUUUAACCAACCCAUCAACCGACGUCCUUGUCGUAGGGAAAUAUCGUUAUUCCAAUCAAUUUGUGAUCGGCACUGGAGCAUUUAGUUCGGUUUUUAUCGCCAUUAAAGAUGAGUUUGUCGACAGCAAAACUGGGAUAAUCGAAUGUCGCGCGUACGCGUUGAAACGGCUUGAAAAGGCGAAGAUAAAUCCGCAGGAAAUCAAACGAGAAGUCACGACCUUGCUAAAAAUAUCUGGCGAGUGUGAGAACAUCAUCAAAUGUCACGAAGCUGAGGAAGAUCCUUCCUUUCAAUAUCUUUGCCUCGAUUUGAUGGACGGUGAUCUUAACGAAUUUGUCAACAACGACCGCGCCAAUAAAGUUAUCAUGAAAGAUCCGUUAAUUCAUGGUCAAAUCGCCAAGGAAAUCAUCGAUGGUUUGACUUACCUUCACGAGAAGAAGUUUAUUCAUCGCGACCUUAAGCCUGGAAACAUCUUGUACACAACUGAUCCAACAUUGCAUUUCAAGAUCGCCGACUUUGGAUUGACGAAGAAUCUGUCCACUUCUUGCACGAUGACGUCGACAAGAGGGAGUGGUGUUGCCAUGGCACCCGGUUCGCGAUGUUGGAUGGCACCAGAGUUGGUCAGCAUGACAUCAAGAGAACAUACUGAACAGUCUGAUGUAUUCGCUCUAGGCCUGGUACUUCAUUAUCUUCUCACUCUCGGAAAACAUCCUUUUGCAUCAAAGAGUGAAGAACCACCUCACGUUAUUGAGCGUAAGAUCGUAGAUAUGCAGAUCCACUUCGAUCGGGCGUUAGGACAGGAGGCUACUAGCUUCCUAAUGGUUCUUUUAACAAAAGAUCCUUCCAAGCGACCGCCAGCGGCCUAUCUCAAACAGCAUCCAUUUCUCUGGAGCGAGAGCAAAAAGAUUGAGUUUCUAAAGGCAGUUGGCGAUCAACCUGAAGCUGUAAAUCCGGGAAAUUUCCCUUUUUUGACGUUGGAAAAAAGUUUGCAAACGACAAACACUGGGCGAAGAGUCGAGAUUGUGUCUUGGGAUCAAGACAUCGACGAGUUGUAUGAUGAGAUGACAAGAGCGUGGAGACAGAAGAAAUAUCGUACUGAUGAAGCGAUCGACUUGUUGAGAUUCAUUCGCAAUGCCUACGUCCACAAGCAAGAGAGAACGCCCGAGGCGAGGAAAUAUCUGGAUGAAAACGUCUUCCUUCGGGUCCAUCCUUCGCUUGUUCUUGAUGUCUUUGGCGUUGUACAAAAAUUGGGCCUCGAUGAUGACCGCAGCAAUAUUCGAGAAGCCCUGAGCUUGGAUACAUGAUGCAAAAAAUCCCUCAUUGAAACUAGCGACAGUUUUCUUGGUAAGACUUAGAACAUAUUAGCCUUAAUAAACUUUUCAGCUAUAUUUUAAUUAUAGAAAUAUAGGAUUUAAUCAAAAUUUUUUAAGAACUUGCUCGAAUUUAGAUGUCAUACUGCCUAGUAUUUGAGACCACGAGCAGUAGCGUAGCCAGCCUGUCGAUUUGUCCCGCUAUGCUAAUAUUUUAGUGUUCACUGACUGUGAA